UAUAAUAUUGAAAUAUAAAUACGAAUGUUGCUCUGCUGUGGCCUUUACCGAGUGCAUUCCUGUGCUACCAUACGUUUCUUAACUGAAAUCAGCUCUUUGCCGUUGGAACAAGUUCUAGCAAGGAAUAGCAACAAUCUUGAUCAUGGGCAAUGCAUCUUCUUCCCCUCGGAUUCACAACAACACUGAUGAAAUACUGAAGAUUGUUUGCACGGACAAAGACGGCAGAGAAACAAGUCAGAUUGUGAGGAAAAUGGAUUCGUGGCAGCCGACGAUCCCGUACGGCAAGGUAAUCAUCUCGGUCUACAUCCUCGCCGAAGGUGUCCCGGUAGCUGGUCAGGGAGAUGCCGUCCUGAGUGCAGCAGAGUCUUGCUAUGAUUUCACUGUUCAACUUGUGAAAGGAAUGGUCAAUAUUACACAGGAUUACAGCAAUCAGUCGAGGAAAAUUGGGGAUAUUCCUCGCAUCACAAACGCGACAAAUGGAACACUGACGAUCCUCUGUACGGAUAAAGAUGGCAGAAAGACGAGUCAGAUUGUGACGUCACAGAACAUGUGGCAUCCGUCCAUCCCGUCAGGUCCUCUCACAGUAUUUGCGUCACAUCUUCAAAGUGGCUUCGACAAGGACGUAGAAGGAGCAGUCUACACCGCAACAUCUUCUGAUAAUUUUACCGUUAAACUUGUCGAAGGAAGACUCAAUAUUAAGCUUCAAUAAAGCAAGAUAGCGUUGCUUAAUUAGCCAUAAAAUUAUAAGUCGGGAGGAGGGUGGGGGCUAUUGAAAAUAGGAAGUGAACUGAACUGAGGAUUUUAUGUUGUUUCAUCAUAUUUGAUUUGUCAAGCUCAAAUAUACAUAACAUUUUAAAAAGAGCAGUACGAAGUACCAACAAAAAAAGAGCACACGAGGAAUUGAUAUGGCCUAUUAGAUUUCGAGAGGUUAAACGAAGAGAUCCUAUAAUUUGCAUACAUGCAAAACCUGUGUGGGUUCUUGGGUGCAUGUUUUCGUGUGUGUGUCUGUGUGUAAUUUGAUUUUUACAAACGUGCGUCGAUCGGAUGUAAUAGGGACUUUUAGAUUUGCACGUCGACAGCUUUGACUGCAACGUGUGACGUCAUUUUAAGG